AAUUUACGAGAGUACGAGAACGAUUGCUCUUUGGUUGUUAUCAGUUGUUGCCAGUAACGGAUGUCCAAGUAAUGUUGAGUGGAUAGCUUCUUUAUAUACUUCUCAAGAUAUAUUUUAUUUAUUUACUUAUUUUUCUGCACUUGCCUCGAGGGCGUACAGUAUCAAGGACCAAGGAUUCGUGUUUCUUUACAUAUAAUUUAUCCGAACAACAAAUUCCCGGUUGCCAGUUACCAUUAAGUUGUAUAAGAAUUUUAACGAGUAACCAUGAGACUGUUGUCAACAAUGCUGUACCUCAAUUUCGUGCUCAGAUUGAGCAAUGGCCAAGAACCCUGGACCUGUGAACCCCCAUGCAAAUGCGAAUGGGCGUCGGGCAAAAAAUCUGCAGACUGUACAAUACAGAAUUACACCCACGUACCAAACUACUUGUCACCGGAGAUACAAAACCUCGACCUCAGUUUCAACUCAAUAAACCAUUUGAAAAAAAACGCAUUUAGUAACGUAGGCCUUGUCAAUCUCUAUAAACUAGUGAUGCGUAAUUGCGGAAUACAAACAAUAAACACUGGCGCCUUCCACGGGCUACAAAUAAUGAUCGAGCUCGACCUAACAGGCAAUAAUAUUACGAACUUAAUGCCCGGUACAUUCUUGGACACCCAGAACCUACGAGCGAUUUUCCUAAACCACAACUUCUUGCAAUCUCUCGACAACGGUCUGUUCCAUGAUCUCAAGCAUCUCCAGCGAGUUGAAAUAUCUCACAACCGCCUCGAACGUAUCUCAGACCGGGCAUUUAAGAGUCUACCGGAACUAAAUACUCUCACAUUAAACGACAAUAAUUUAACAAGUGCUCAGCACGUGAGCUUUGAAAAUUUACCCAGAUUGUACAGCCUUGAAUUGCGUAACAAUCAGUGGAACUGCGAUUGCCACUUGAUAAAAUUUCGCAACUGGGCAAUAGAACAUCAAUUGUACACAAAGAACACAACUUGUUUUCAACCAGACUCACUGGCAGGUAAAAUGUGGGAUGAAGUUGAUUCCAAAGAAUUUGUCUGCCAUCCCGGUGGAAGUUUAAUUAAUCAACCAUUGGGGUGGGCACUCGGUGGAAUAGAAAUAUUCACGGGUUUAGUCAAUCAGAGUAUGGGUAUGAUCUCAAGGCGAAACGAUUAAAGUUUAGUGACUGAUUUCGUGCCAUAUUAUUUCAAAAUAUCUUAAUUCGUAUACUCUCUUAAAAUGAUCAGUAGAAAGUAAUUUAAUCAGUGAAUAUUUACUGAUCAAAGUAUUUUUUACUGAUUCAUUUUAAGAGAAUAAAUAUUAAUUUAUUUCAUUCCGUAAGAUGGACAGCAGUGUUCAAAGUUGAUUGAGUGCCCACUCUCUUAAAAUGAAUCAGUGAAAAGACCUGGAAAUCAGUGAAUAUUCACUGCGAAUCAGUCCCAAGUAUGUCACUGAUUCAAUUAAUGAUAUACUUGGGACUAUUUGUGCAGUGAAUAAUCACUGAUUGGAGUACUUUUCACUGAUUCAUUUUAAGAAAGCAAUGACCGGGUCUGGUUGAGUUCUUGAAGAUACGCCUGAUAUUUUUAUUUUCUAUUUAAAUUGAAUUAAAUAUUAACUGAUACUAAAUUAUGAUCAAAUCCCAUAAUAAUGAGUUAAUUUACUGUCUUAACCCGAGUCGAAAAGUUUCAGCAUUAUUUCAAACUGAAUAAACUGCUAGCCAACAGUUUAAAAAAAUAAGAAGUGGCUGUUUAAUACUGCCAGAAAAUUUUUAUUUUAUGUAAGCGAAAAUUAGUUAUUAAAUUAUUUGAAUAUGUUUAAAAAAAAAUUGUUCAUUAUAAACAAUUAAAACUUAUUACAUUUACAAAAUAUUACGUACAUUUUUUUUAUUAAU